AUGAUGCGCCCGCGACUCCGCCCCCUGACCAGCGCGCGGAGACUUGAAGGAGGGGUGGCUCGUGACGUCAUCGGCGGGCGCGCCCCUGGCUCCACCUCCGACUCCUCCCCAUUCAGCCUCAAAAGUCAAGCGGAGGCAGAACACGUGUUGGAAAGUCACCGCAUGUUCGACGACCUGUGGAACGUUACUGCACUUUCAGUGACACGACGCACGGCCGUUGUGGGCUGUGAGGAGGCUCUGCGCUGCUCUCGCUGA